AUGUCUGAGCAGACAAGGGGCUUGCAGCAGCUGAGGAAGUCAAAGCGGGCAAGGGAGUUGGAGCAGGCAAGUGCGUCAGAGCAGGAGAUGGAGUUGGGACAGGCGAGGGGGUCACCGCAGCAUGCAAGGGGGUCACAGCAGCUGAGGAAGUUAAGGCAGGUGAGGAAGUUAAAUGCAGCAAGGGAGUCAAAACAGGCAAGGAAGUCUGAGCAGGCGAAGAAGUUGAAGCAGGCCAGUGAGUCGGAGCAGGUGAGAGGGUCGCAGCAGCUGAGGAAGUCAAAGGAGGCGAGGGAGUUACAUGUAGAGCAGUCAAAGCUCUCGAAGCAGUCAAGUGCCGAUGGAGUGGCAGCCUCAGCAAGUGCAGAUGAAGAGCCAGCCUCAGCAAGUGCAGAUGGAGAGGCAGCCUCAGGAAGUAGAGAUGGAGAGCCAGUCUCAAUACGUGCAGAUGGAGAGGCAGCCUCAGCGAGUACAGGUGGAGAGCCAGUCUCAAUACGUGCAGAUGGCGAGGCAGCCUCAGCAUGUGCAGAUGGAGAGGCAGCCUCAGCGAGUAGAGAUGGAGAGCCAGUCUCAAUACGUGCAGAUGGCGAGGCAGCCUCAGCGAGUACAGGUGGAGAGGCAGCCUCAGCAUGUGCAGAUGGAGAGGCAGCCUCAGCGAGUAGAGAUGGAGAGCCAGUCUCAAUACGUGCAGAUGAAGAGGCAGCCUCAGCACGUGCAGAUGGAGAGGCAACCUCAGCACGUGCAGAUGGAGAGGCAGCCUCAGCACGUGCAGAUGGAGAGGCAGCCUCAGCGAGUAGAGAUGGAGAGCCAGUCUCAAUACGUGCAGAUGAAGAGGCAGCCUCAGCACGUGCAGAUGGAGAGGCAACCUCAGCACGUGCAGAUGGAGAGGCAGCCUCAGCAUGUGCAGAUGGAGAGGCAGCCUCAUCAAGUUAG